GUUCAUGUCAUGACACAGUGCAGAGCUGUAUCGAAGUGGUCGCCUCUAACGCCACUGGAACCUCAAUGCCCAGGACUCUUUUGCAGCGGUUUGAGUUUGGUUACAUGAAAUAUGCGAUGUUCGCAGGACUGCCCGGUUCUUUUGCUGCUACACUUUGUUUUCACUUUGGCAGCCGGCCACGAAGAGCUCUCCGACUCUGGCAGACUCUUCUCCCUCUUUGCAGAACAAGGUCAUUUGACCCAAUCAGAUCUGACCACUGUCCACCCAGUGAAAGCCACUGCUGAUGGUGAGUUCAUCUCCCACUCUCUGGACCACCACUUCCAGGGUGGGCGAGUCCAGCGUGACCUGCGACCCCUUGGUUUGGAGGGACAGGUUUACUACAAGGUCAGCUACAAGGGUCGUGCUUUAAUGUUUAAUUUGACUGCAAACAAUCACCUGGUUUCAAGUGACUACAUCCUAGAGAGGAGGAACGGCAGUGCCAACAGAACUGAGCAUCGCAGCUAUGAGGGUAACUCCUGCCACCUCAUUGGCACUGUGGAAGCCUCUGAUGUGCGAGGAACUGCUGCCAUCAGCACCUGUAAAGGACUGAGAGGCUUCUUCUCCCUGCCGGAGGGACACUUCUUUAUUGAACCUCUCCAGAAAUCUACCGACCAUCCUGGAGAGACCCCAGCACCACAUAUUGUCUAUCCAAGAGUUACAACAGAAAGUCAGAGACAAAAACGCAGUCUUGAGUCCAAAGAGACACCCAGCCCCUGUGGAGUCCAAGAUGCUCCAAGGGCCUCUGUCCAGGUGGAGAGGGAGAGGGAAGAGUGGGAGAGGGAGCAGCAGCAGCAGAGGGGGGAGAAUCAGGCUCAGUCUCGCUCGCAGCGCUCCGUCAGCAGAGAGCGGUGGGUGGAGACCAUGGUGGUGGCUGACGCUAAACUCAUAGAGUACCACGGCAGCGAUAAUGUGGAGUCCUAUAUAUUCACUAUCAUGAACAUGGUGGCUGGGAUCUUUCAUGAUGCAAGUAUUGGGAAUGCCAUCCACGUCAUCUUGGUUCGGCUCAUUUUACUGCAGGGCGAAGAGAAAGGAUUGAAGAUUGUCCACCAUGCAGACACCACGCUGAGCAGUUUCUGUGCUUGGCAGAAAAACCUCAAUCCUCAGAGUGACACACACCCAGCUCAUCAUGACGUGGCUGUGUUGGUCACUAGGAAAGACAUCUGUGCUGGAAUGAACCAGCCCUGUGAGACCCUGGGUCUGUCUCAUCUGUCUGGGAUGUGUCAGCCACACCGCAGCUGCAACAUCAAUGAGGAUUCAGGACUACCUGUCGCCUUCACCGUCGCUCAUGAAAUGGGCCACAGCUUUGGAAUCCAUCAUGACGGUCAGGGGAAUGACUGUGAGCUGGAAGGGAGGCACCCGUUCAUCAUGUCCAGACAGCUGAUGUACGACAGCUCGCCUCUCACUUGGUCCUCCUGCUCCAAAGAAUACAUCACACGCUUCCUCGAUCGUGGCUGGGGUUUCUGUCUAGAUGACCGUCCUUCCAAAAGGGACCUAACCACCCCGCUGGCUCGCCUUGGUGUCCGAUACACCACACACCACCAGUGUCAGCUCCAGUAUGGCCAAAAUGCUACCUUCUGCCACGAGGUUGAUAAUGUUUGUCAGAUUCUUUGGUGCUCAGUGAAUGGCUCCUGUCGCUCCAAACUGGACUCACCUAUAGACGGCACUCGCUGUGGACCGGAGAAGUGGUGCAUCUCAGGAGAGUGUGUGAUUGUUGGUAAACUGCCAGAGACGGUGAAUGGAGGCUGGGGACAGUGGAGUACCUGGUCUCACUGCUCCAGGACCUGUGGAGUAGGAGUUCAGUCAGCAGAGAGGGAAUGUAACAACCCUAAACCAGAGUUCGGGGGCAAGUACUGCACCGGGGAAAGGAAGCGUUAUCGGACCUGUAACACAAAAGCCUGUCAGCAGGAUAAACCAACCUUUCGAGAGAUGCUUUGCAGUGAGUUUGACACCGUGCCCUACCACAAUGAGCUCUACACGUGGAUUCCUGUGGCUAACCCAGUAAACCCCUGUGAGCUGCACUGUCGACCAGUCGCUGCAUAUUUUUCGGAGAAGAUGCUUGACGCAGUGACGGAUGGGACACCAUGCUUCAUGAACAACAAGUCCAGAAACAUCUGCGUCAACGGAGUGUGCAAGGCUAUAGGCUGUGACUAUGGCAUCGACUCAAACGCUGUGGAGGAUCGUUGCGGAGUCUGUUUAGGCGAUGGCACAAGCUGUGAGACGGUCUACAAGUCGUUUGAUGAAGAGGAAGGCUUUGGGUACAUGGACGUGGGCGUGAUACCUGAGGGGGCGCGGGACAUCCUGGUAAAGGAAGUGGAGGAGUCAGGUAACUUCCUGGCUCUGAGGAGCGAGACGUCUGAGGAGUACUUUCUCAACGGCAACUUCAUCAUCCAGUGGAACGGGGAGUACGAGGCCGGCGGCACGACAUUCUACUAUGAACGCAGCGGGAACAUGGAGAACCUCACUGCUCCGGGACCCACCACACAGCCAGUCAUGCUGCAGUUGCUGUUCCAGGAGAAGAACCUUGGCUUAAAGUAUGAGUACAUCAUCAGGAAAACCAAAGGGACAGGAAAUGAGGUCAUUGAACCCAUUUACAGGUGGAGGCACGGGGCAUGGACAGACUGCAGCACCACCUGUGGCUUAGGUGAGCAGCACCAGCCUGUGCUGUGUUUUGAGGUGGACAUGGGUGUAGUGGAUGAGUCUCUGUGUGAUCCAGCCAGCCGUCUGGAAGACAGACACCGAAAAUGCAAGAACAUGGAUUGUCCUGCAAGAUGGUGGGUGGGUGGCUGGCAGCAGUGUACAGCCACCUGUGGAUCACAAGGCCUACGGAAGCGAACAGUGCUCUGUGUCCGGACAGUGUCGGGGGAGGAAAGGGUGCUCCACCCUGUCGAGUGCAAGCAUCUCCUUAAACCUAAACCUCUGGUGCCGUGCAACAGAGAUGUACCCUGUGGACAGGACUGGGCUGCCGGCAACUGGGAAGAGUGCCCAGUCACAUGUGGAGGAGGUGUUCGCUCACGUACAGUCACGUGUGCACUAACACCUAAGAGCUCUUGCGACCUCUCAACCAAACCUCGGUCCAGAUCGCUGUGUGGCCUACAGAGUUGCCCUAACUCGGGGCACCUUCGUAGACGACCCGGGUCUUCUCCUCCUAAAUACCGCCGAAUCUUCCCACCUAAGAGCCGUCCAACCAAGCAUCCUACAACUACCCAGGCUCCCAGCAGCACCACGUCCACAGCUGCAACAACACCUGCUGUCACUGUGAGGAAGACUACCAAAGAAACUACAACAGGUUUUACCCCAUCUACCACGCCCAUCUCAAGCCUGAAAACCACAAUCCCUGAAAUCAUAGACACGGACGAUUAUGAGUUCAAUGUUAAAGUAAAGAAAAAUGAGGAUAAGAGAAAGAAAGUUUUCCCAUCUAAAGUCAACUCUGCUGAUAAGUACAGAAAAGCAACUGGCGUGGAAAAGGAAACGGUGGAAGAGAAGGAGGAGGGAGAGGAGGGCAGUACACCAAACGUUGUGAUGUACACUCCAGGAUAUGAUUAUGUUGUUGAGGACAGGACCACAGAGGAGGAGGGGAUUAUUGACCUGGAUAUUACCACAUCUACGUCCUUUAACAAUCCUCUCAAAUCAACCACGCCAACACCACAUAUACUCAUCACACCCACUUUACAAACAAGUCCACCUACCAUGCACACAACUAAAGGACCCACUGCAACAUACUCCACCCCACCCACUAGUACUAAGACAUGGGCAAAGACCACUCGCCGCUACCCCUUGUCCACCACCACCCCUCGUAUCAACUCAUACAGCCCCUGGACACACAGGGUUCCCCUCACCACUCCCAUGUACCACUCAGUCCUAUCCAGAGCUGGCUUCCACACAACACGAGCUCCUUCCACAACUGCAAGAAAACCUCUCACCACUGCAGCAUCGCCCCAGUCCACAGUGAAGAUCAUUAAAGUAAAGAAGCCAGCAGUGACGCCCAAGAAAAACCAAUCCGUCUCCCAUGCUAAAAAGCCUUCUUCCUGGUCCAAAGGCAGUCGAUCCAAGAAUCAAAACCAGCGAGCAGAAAGUCCUGGGAGCAGCUCCGUCAGAGACCAAAGCAACCUGAUGGCCAGAGAGCCUGUCACCAUGGAUAUAUUAUGGGUUGUAGGAAACUGGAGCGAGUGUUCAACAACAUGUGGGAUUGGAGCAAUAUGGAGGACAGUCGCGUGCAGCUCCCAGAAUGAAGAGGACUGUGCCAACAUGAAGAGACCCGAGCCUGCGCGCACAUGUCACCUGCAGCCCUGCGCCACCUGGCACAGCAGCAGCUGGAGCAAGUGUCCAGAUAACUGUGCGGUGGUGGGAAGGAGGUACCGUGAUGUCCAGUGUGUCGAUUCUCAGAAUAAACGUCCCCUCAGACCUUUCCACUGUCAAGCUGUGUCCAGCAGACCCCUCAGCACCUUAACAUGCCCCCACAAGCCCUGCAUGAACUGGAGUACCUUACCCUGGGGACCGUGCUCUGGCAACUGUGGAGAAGGUGUCAGGGAGCGACUGGUGUACUGUCCCGAGCCUCAUCGCUGCAGCAGCUCAUUGAGGCCCAACAGCACAGAGCCGUGCAGUCUAAAGCCCUGCACUCACUGGAAGGCUGAGGACUGGGAGGAGUGCUCUGUGAGUUGUGGUGGGGGUCAGCAGCAGCGUGAUGUCAACUGUGUGAGUGAGCAGGAUUUGGCCGUAAUGCUAAACAGCCUCUGUGAAAAGAUUUCCAAACCAGAAACACUCAGGAAGUGCAAUAUGCAGGAAUGCAAGACCAACACAGGUCCAGUUUGCAGAAAGAACACAAUGUCCUCUCGCUUCUGUGACAAACUGAAGUUGUUGGGUCGCUGCUCUCUCAGGUCGGUCCAAAGACAGUGUUGUGUCACCUGUGGCUCAUAGCCAGGAUUACACACACACACACACACACACACACACACACACACACACACACACACACACACACACAUUAUAAUGGACACAUCCUAACUACAGUAACACUUAUCCUCAUGCAAUAAUCAAACAAUAAAGCCAUUCCAUCCACAGACAGACACGUCCAAACCAAAGUGCUAAUGUCCACAACAAGCACACCAUCAGCACAAACAAACCUGGGUCGACUAAGAUUAUAUAUAUCUAUAUGUAUAUAUAUUUUUCACAUCAGAAUUAAAAUAUUUAUUUCUUUUUUUAAAUUUAAGAAAUUAUUAACUGGCAAUUUUAAUGAUGUUUACAGUGUGCAAAAUCAGCCACAAAAUGAACGUGAUUUAACUGUUGCAAAGUACAAUAAUUCAGUAGAAAUGUACUGAAAAAAAAACAUAAAAGGAAGUCAAAUUACUAAUAAAAAUUAAAAAAUAAUUAAAAAUGAUCAAGAAGCACAAUUCAAAAGUUGUGAUACAUUUUUCCACAAAAACAGUAUGUGCCUUCUUUAUUCAUUAAGAAUAAUAUGAAAUACAUAUGAAAUACAGUACAUAUCUUUCUUGUCCAAAGGUGCUUAUAAUUGUUGUGCGGAUGAUUCACAGCUCAACAGUCAAGUUACCAGUUUUUUUUUUUAUAUCUGGUGGAAACAGAAUGUAAAUAAAGAUUUUUUGAGACCUCUGUUAAAUUGUUAAUAGAAAUGAUAAUCUGUGUUUUUUACUCAUAUAUUUUGCUUUUUUUUCUGCUUGAAUUGUGGUUUUGUCCUCAGAGCUGGCACUGUGUUUACAUUUUCCUGGGUACAGGUUCCUGCUUUAGUCAUUUUUAUUACGACAGAUAUUUAAGGAGAGACACAACAGGUGACUAGAGUAAAAAAAAAAAAAUACUUUACUGUUUUCUUUCCACUGGUCUGAAAGAAGAAAUUAUGGAAGGUAAAUAGCCCAAAGUCUCAAAAUCGACCGUGCAUGUAAAAACAAUGUUUUUGCCCAAAGUGUCUCGCCUUAAAUCUGCUGCAGAGCCUGCACAGUUCUGUAGUCGUACCUGUGGUGCUCCUCCUCUGGUGUGAGAUUGACCAAUGAGAAAGAGGUGUUGCAGGUCAUCCCUCUCAGGUCCCUCUAAAGAUGGCCUCCAUGUUUGUUUGAUGCUGUGAUGUUGUACAGGCGUUUCCAUUGUCCGUGCAUACGGUACAUCACCUUGACUGAUUUUGUACUUCACAUGUCUCCAUCAAAUGAAUGUGACAAUACAAGAUGUUUAUUAUAAAAAAUUGCUUUGUAACUGAGACAUGAAAUAAAAUUUUCUUCGAGUAUCUUUAAUGUGUACUUGUAUGAUGUAUGUGUUUAUUUAUUUAUAACAUGUAUAUCUAGUUAUUACUUUUUUGAUCACAUUCCAAAAGCAGUUCAUA